CUUUGAGACUAAGAGAAGAGGUCGUUGUCCCUUUCUCUCUUCAUUGUUUCAAUUUCAAUUCCACAAUUUGGUUCCUUCAUUCACUUGACCCGACGCAAAAUGAGCACCUAUAAUCUCAAAGACCCUUCCACGCCCGUAGUCUCAGGCCGUCUCUUGGCGGUCCUCACAAACGUCGUUGAGAAUAUUGGCGAGUCCACAGGUAUUAUCUCGCACCUAUGCAAAGACGCUGGUUUAUAUAGUCUUCGUGAAAUCAACUACAAUGAACCUCCUACGACUAUGCCUAUUUGGCCCCCUGUUCAGGAUAUGGUCCAAGCUGCCAUCCCUUCCAAUGGCUCCACAUUGAGUGCACACGACUUUCUCACCUCGCUUCAGCAGCGUGCUGAUCACGAAGCUUCUCAUGGAGCUCGAUCGGCUACUGCUGUUGAUAGUAAUGAACAAAAAUUCUUGACCUGUCGUGACUUUUAUAUCGCCUACAAAUCAGGGAAAAGAAAACCAACUGAGGUUGCAGAACAACUUUUGAAUGCGAUCAAGGCUUCAGAUGAAGUCUCGCCAGCCUUGGGUGCUGUCUGGAACUAUAAUAGGGAUGCCAUCCUCAAGCAAGCUAAAGAAUCAACAGACCGAUAUAACCAAGGCCGACCUUUAAGUAUCGUCGACGGUGUUCCAGUUAUCAUCAAAGAUGAGCUCGACAUCAAAGGACUUGAAACUGGAGUUGGUACUAAUUUCAUCAACAAGGGUAACCCAGCAAAGGAAGAUGCUCACCUGGUCUCCUUGCUCCGUUCCCACGGCGCUCUCAUUAUUGGCAAAUCUGUUAUGCACGAGAUUGGUUUGGGUAUCACCAACUUCAACCCCAGUACUAAAACUCCCCGGAAUCCUUACCAGCCCGAACAUUCAACAGGAGGAAGUUCAGGCGGAUCAGGCGCCGCUGUAGCCUCUGGACUUUGUCCAAUUGCAAUUGGGUGUGAUGGCGGUGGAUCCGUCAGAAUCCCUUCAUCGUACUGCGGGAUCUAUGGUCUGAAACCCACCCAGGGCCGUAUUUCAGGCCGGGGUGAAUAUCCAUUGGCGCCGAGUGUAGCGACUAGCGGACCCAUGUGCGCCACAAUGGAGGACCUUGCGAUCGUAUACGCCAUUAUUGCCGGUCGAGAUGUUAAGGAUCCGAAUUCACACUUUCAGCCUGCAGUAGUGUUACCAGCUCCGGGUGAUGCGGCAAUUGCUGCCUCCAGUGGUCAGCUUCAAGGCCUCCGCAUUGGCAUCUAUCGCCGCUGGUUUGAAGACGUCACUCAUCCUGAGAUCUCCAAGAUAUGCUACAAGAUGCUAGAUCAACUCUGCAAGGAUCAUGGAGCUGUACUUGUUGAUAUUGAAAUCCCUGAGCUGUUUGAAUUGAACAAGGCACACAAUAUUGCGAUUGUUGGAGAGAUGAUAUCAGAAGUCUAUAAAGAUCGCAAGAAGUUUAAUUAUCAGACGAGGCUAGAAUUGGCAAUGAUGAAUAGUUUGAGGAUGCAGGAUUAUGUUCGGGCACAAAAGCAGCGAACGCGUAAUAUCCGCUUCCUUGAGACUUUGUUUGGACAUAAAGCAGAUGACCAGCAGCACCAGGAACAAUAUCCAUGCCUGAAUGGUCAACAAGGCAUCGUGGAUGUGAUUGUUACGCCGACGAUCGCUAAUCUGCCUCCACGUGUGAACGCCGGGGCGGAAUCGCAUGGAGAAUCAAAUUACGUGAACAAUAUAAAGGGGAUGCAAUACAUGAUGAUGGCCAAUUUGACGGGUAUCCCCGGUAUCACCGCAGUAGCAGGCUAUACAAAGGAGCCCUAUGUUCACUCGAAUGGUGAUCAUUAUUCCCCUGGAUUCCCUAUUGGGAUCCAGUUCAUGGGCCAGUGGUGGGACGAGAAACGACUGAUUCAUAUAGCAACCGUAUGUGAGCAAGUUCUGAAAACACGUCAGAAGCCCAAGAUCUGGUUGGGUGACAAUUACACAUUAUGAGCAAAAAAAAAACCUCCGGACCAUAUCUAGAUUAAUCAUGCUGCCUAAAUAAAUAAAUUAGAAGAAAAAGGAU